CACCUACUCCAACACCUUUAUUAGCACAAUCAAAACCUUAAAUUUACCAAAUCAAAGGAAGGACAAGAAUUCAGGGCCUUAUCCAAAAGUAGUAAAACUAGGAAAGAGUAGUCGACAGACCAGAAACUUGCAAAAAUCUGUCUCCCUUUUACUGAGAAGGAGAAAUAAUCCCACCCCCCACAGUUUGGGAGGUUUUGAUCUUUAGCCGCCAUUUCAUCCAACUUCCAAUAUAAAUAGAGAGGGGACCCCUUAAUUGGAGUGGGACCCUAAUGAAAACGCAAGUCCAAAGGUAGAAACCACAGAGAAAUGAAAUGGAAGACUUCUUGUAUUCCAGGCUCUUCCCUUUAAGUCCACCUCAAGGGAUUAAAGAUUCCCUUUUUGGGGCAGCGUUCUUGGAUUCCUGUUUACCCUUUUCUGUUCUUGGUUUCUAAAUUGUAAAUCUGUGGUUUCUUGGUGAAAAAUCUUGUUAGAUUUUUGUCUUUAUAGUUGUUUUUGAGGUUGUUUUCCUCUUUUUGGGUUCUUGUGUACUGUUGUUGUUGAUGAUGAUUUUGUGUAUUAGCGACACAUUGUUUUCCACAAAAUUACGCUCUUUCUUGCAUUUCUUGGAGAUUCUUGAUAUGGACUUUUUUUUUAAGUCACAAUUUUAUGUUCUUGAGAUCACAAAUUGUAAAUAGCAACUUUGACAUUAGUUACACAUUUCACUGUUGAUUUUCUUCCUCUCUUUGUUUGGUUGUUUCUUGAACUGGACUUGUCACCUGAGGAGUUGACUUUCAUAAUAAAGACAUGAAAGGUUGUCAUUUCUUCUUGAUCUGGGGUUGUUCUUGUUUGUCUUGUCUUCUUUUUUAGUUUUUAAUUUUCUUACAUCUUGGCUUCAAUUUGCUUGCUUGGAGCCUGGGGCUGAAGGAGAGUAGUAGUAGGAGUCUUGAUAUGUUGGGCUCUGGCAUGAAUCUUAUUACAACUAUUAUUGGGUUUGCUAUGAGUGCAACCUUCAUUGUUUUUGUUUGCACUAGACUCAUUUGUAGGAGGCUCCGCCUUAUGGAAGCUCAGCAAAUGCUAGAAAUCGAUUCGAGGAUUGAUCUUGAGCUGGCAGAAAACCAUGCCAAUGGUCUCGAACCAGUAGGCAUUGCUGCAAUUCCCACGAUGAAGUUCGAUAUUGAAGCAUUCAGUUCAACAGAAGAUGCACAAUGUAGCAUAUGUUUGGCAGAGUACCAAGAGAAAGAAGUUUUGAGAAUCAUGCCAAACUGUGGCCAUAGUUUCCAUUUAUCAUGCAUCGAUACAUGGCUCAGACGACGGUCUACUUGCCCAGUCUGCCGUCUUUCAGUACAAGACGCUGCUGAAGUGAAACAUGUCCGAGCGGCUACUCUGAUGGCAGCUCAUUUAUUUGAUAGUUCUGAGACGACGUUUGAGCAUUCUCAGCAGUGGCUGCUCCCAACUUCUGAACGAGCAGAGGGUAAUGGAGCAGACCAAACUCAUACAGAUUCCAUUUCCGUUGUGGUCGACUCCGGAGUUCCUGUAGGAGGAGGAUUUAGUCGAUCAUCAUAGAAAGGAGUGUUGGUUCUAUGCCUUUUUCAUCCCUUGUUUCUGACUUUCUGUGUUUUUUUUUAAUAAUAGGAUCAAGAAUCUAAGGUUUUUUACAAGGGAUAUAGGCCAUUUCUGUAUAUAGGUUUCUCAGUUGGGCUGUCUUGGCAGAUUUGUUUGAAUUUUUGUGGUUUUUAGGGAAGAGUAUUGGAAAGGGAUAUGUCAUAAUUCAUAUGUAUAUAUGUUGCUGGAGACUUGUUUUGUUACAUGGGAAAUGAAAUAUCAUUACAUGGCUA